AUGUCUUUUCCGCAGCUUGGCUACCCGCAGUACUUGAGUGCCUCCCAGGCUGUUUACGGGAGCGAGCGGCCGGGAGUUCUUACCCCCUCGUCCCGUGGAGGAAGCACCGACAUUGGGGGAAGUCCGUCUGCCGCAGCCGCGGCUGUAUCGUCGGUCCUGGGCAUGUACGCCAGUCCAUACGCGCACAACUACAGCGCUUUUUUACCUUACACGAGUGCGGAUCUGGCGCUAUUUUCACAAAUGGGGUCCCAGUAUGAUCUAAAGGACAGUCCAGGUGUCCAUCCCGCUAGCUUCGCUGCCCACACUUCUCCAGCCUUUUACCCAUAUGGCCAGUUCCAGUACGGGGACCCUGCUCGGCCUAAGAACGCCACACGGGAGAGCACCAGCACGCUCAAGGCUUGGCUGAACGAGCACAGGAAGAACCCGUACCCCACUAAAGGAGAGAAGAUCAUGCUGGCCAUCAUCACCAAAAUGACCCUGACCCAAGUGUCCACGUGGUUCGCCAACGCCAGGAGGAGACUCAAGAAGGAGAACAAGGUGACAUGGGGCAGCAGGAGCAAAGAGGACGAGGAGGAGGACGGGAACUUGUUUGGCAGCGGAGAUGAGGCGGAAAAGAACGAUGACGAGGAGGAGAUCGACUUGGAGAGUAUUGACAUAGACAAGAUAGACGAGAAUGAUGGGGAUCAGAGCAAUGAGGACGAUGAUGACAAAUCCACUGAAAGCAGAGAGCUACGAGGCGGUGAUGCGUCCACUGUGGAACUGGACACUUUGGACAAACGAAGGGCUUUUGCCCUGCAGGCCCAUGAGGCCUUUGACAAAACCAAGAACCCCAUUUUAGUUCACCCUGGAGCCAAGGACAGCAACAAUAACACGAGAGUUCUUUCUCCGGACAGGCCUGGGAGCUUUCCUCUUCCUUCGAACAACAAACCUAAAAUCUGGUCUUUAGCAGAGACCGCCACGAGUCCAGACAACUCUCAGAAACCCAGCUCCCCCUGUCCUCCCAGCGGGCCCACUCACCCAUCAACACCCCACCAACUCCAGACGCACCCUGCCUUUCUGUCCAACCACGGACUGUACACGUGUCAGAUAGGAAAGUUCCACAACUGGACAAAUGGCGCGUUUCUGGGUCAGAACUCCCUGCUAAAUGUAAGGUCGUUUCUGGGAGUAAAUCACCACCACCACAACCAUCAUUUAUCGAGCCAGCAGCAGCAGCAGCAGCAGCAGCAGCAGCAGCAGCCCACAUCAGUGUUGGUGUCACCGGGCGCAGCCGCAGCAGCGCUCAGCCGCGACAGCAAGAGUCCAGAGAGCCAUAGUCCUAAGCACAUAGACCACGACAAUGUUGUAAGGUCAGAUUCUCCCCCAGCACAACCACUCAAGUCUUCGUUUCGCCCUCUUCAUGACAGGUCCUCUCUGUCCUCCUCUCUGUCCGCCAGCACCAGGAGUCCAGCAGACAACACGCAGCGCGUCCUCACGGCACUGUCCUCAGCUUGA